CUUCAUUAUUAAGAACUGAAAAAAUCUCAUAUUGGAAAAAUUCUAAUUCAGCAAGCAUAGAGGAGGUUAGAUCAUUAAUUGAAACAAAUAUAACUUUAAAGCAAGAGUUAUUUGGUGUAGGAAUUAGAGAAAUUGUUAAUGAAAUAGAAAAAAGUAUUAAAAAAAUAAAUGAAGUAGAAACAGGAGUUGCGAUUGAAAGAACUCUUUCGGAGAUAGAAAAAAUAAUUAAUUAUGUAACUGUAGUAAAAAUAUGUAUUGGACAAAAAACUGAAGGAUUUGACGAGGUAUUUCGCCUUCGGGGAAUUUAUCUUGUAAGAAAUCAAAAAAAUUCCGAUAACAUUCAUGAAACAUUCGCAAAUUUAGAGAAUCAGGGUUAA